GCACACGUUUUCAGCAGAUUUUGUGCCAUGGAACCCCAAUUCAUUGAAAUCUACUGUUGAUUCUGCAUGACUGCCCCCCACCCUGAAUGCAGACCUUCUGUUUUAUAGAUGUUUGGAUGGGCAUUUACCUCACUUUUAGAUUAGCUUCAGGAUUAGUUUCAGCACAACAGCAACCCCAAAAACAGAGGAAAAAAAACUCAAUGGCAUGAUAUAAUAUUUGUACGAGUUUCUAUUUAUGAACAGUUACAGUGGGGAGGCCAGGGGGCCCUUCUAGCCUUUAUGGGUAGCCAAUUGACCUGAGGAUCUCAUUCAGGAGUUUCUUGAAAGAAGCCAGGAUAACAGCCAACGUGGCUGGGUAGUUACGGAGCCUGACUUGUCUCAACCUCAUCAUAAACAUUCAUUUUCAGAAGAGCUGCAUGAAAAAAAUGACCCGAUCAUUAGACAUACAGGGAGGAAGUAAAAAUGACCGCUGACCCUAUAAGUACUUUUGAGGCUACGUUCAAUAUUGAACACAGCUCAGUGUCACUUCAGGAGAACGCUGUCUUUAAUUAGGUUUUAAUGCUAAAGCUGGAUUUUGCUGUGCGCAGGGAGUCUUUAAGGACUUCAUAACUUUAAGUGAGAAGCAGCAGGUAACAAAGUCGAAAAACCAGGUCGGCAUUCCAGUCAGGUUCCAGUUCAUUCGCAUGCCCUUGAGCAAAGCAAGAUCUAGCACUCCACCGGUUUAACACUUCAAAAGCUUUCCCUGUUGUGCUAUCCGUGUGGCCCCAGCCUCCUUUACUGCCAAAACUGCUGAGGUUACUGCACAGAAGACGAUAAGAAGAAAAAAAUGACGCCUUUUCUUCAGCCCUAAGGACAGUGGGACGGACACCCUGUUAUUAAUGCUUUUGCAUCUGACUGCAAUCAGCCGAUUGCAGCUGAUUGCUGUUUUCCGAAAGGAGCGCCUUAUCUCUGCCUCUCAUUCCGCUGGGUUCUGCGUGACACAUUCCUGGGGCGUGUCGGUUCACGUCUCGGAGUCAACAGGGCAUGUAUUAUUGAGAGCCACAGAGGAGAGAGAGGGGUGAUGAAUUCACAAGGUGCCGGGCUGGCGGAUUUUUAAAUGACUCUGUCAUAGUUAUUGAGCACAGCAAAGCAGCAAGCCUCAGUUUCAAGGGACCUGUGAUACAAUUCUGUGCACCUGUAGUGUUAAAGGAAUGUUUUCCAGAGCUCUGAUGAGAUGCAUCAAGGGUCUGAAUAUUGUGGGCUGACCUGUCUUCUUCAAGAGCAUUCCUUCUCAUCCACUGGAGGAGACUUUUGUCAUUUUCUAUAAUUUCUUUCUAGCUGGGACCUUGAUGGCAAGCUGUGUGGUUUUCAGUUCGUUUUUGGCUGAGCGCUCAGGGUGCAUGUUCAUUCUGCACAGGUAGAAGAGAGAAAUGCUUUUCUAUGCUUUUGGUGAAAGAAGCAGGUUUCAUAAACACUAACUUCCUGGCACUUUACUUUUGAUGAGCCACUUCGUUAACUACGGUGGGGGCUGGAAAUUAGACUCCGUACAGCUAUGUUAUCAAACAUAAGUCCUCACCAAGCGGUGGAUAUUUCAGGCUAGUUAACUCGAUUCAUGUACAGUACAUUUGUGUGGAUACAGAUAUGUAAAUCCAACAUUGCCAGAUUACACUAGUUUAUCCUGCUGAUAAAACCUGAAUCAAACUGCCGUGCAACAAGAAGAUUUGUUUUGAUUCUAGUAGCAAGGAAAAUAUUUAGCAUGAAAAGCUCCUGGCCAAGUUUUAUUAAAAAAAAUAGGAGCACAAAAAUGGCGACUUAAAACACAGACCACAUUGUUACCACUUAUGUGAGGAGAUUAUAUUUUCUUCUUUUAUAGGCACUACAAAUCUGUCUUAAAAUUCAAUAUAAACUAUCUCAGUUUGUCAAAAGGUCCUUUAUCCUGUUUUUUUUUUUAAGUCGGUUACUUGACCUUGAGUUUUACUCUUGGGGAUUCAGCUUGGCUUCAUCUGUGCAAAACCACAAAGAAGCCAUCAUUCAGGAAGGCCCAAGAGCAUAAACAGGACGCCCCAGGUACACUGGAAGAGUACCAAGCUCAGACAGGGAACAGAGAGGCUUGUUCAUACAGGGAGAGUGGAGUGGCACUGAUCUGUGUCUUGAUGAAACAGUACUACAAAUGCUAAAUGCCUCUCUCGGCCUACAGGACUUUGCUGACUGCCACCCUGUUUGCCAUACACUCAAGCUCAUAUGUUAACGACUGUCACGGGAACCAGUAUUUCUGUACAGGUAUCAGAACGUCCGUGUCCCCCGCUCUGUGUUUAACCUUGUCUUUACCGUGUCUGGAAGGCAGACAGCAGCACACUGUCUCUCAGAGGCACCAGAGAGUUAUUUGUGGUGUCUGGGGAGCUGUCGUCCAACAAAGAGAUUCUGUCUUUUCUUUCCCUAAUUGCCUUUAUUUAGGGAGGAUCAGCUUAGAGAUACCGUGGAGCCCCUGAAAAGCUACUUUCACACACUGCUGACAUUAGAAUGUGAAGGGGAGCUCACCCGCUAUAUCAAGGUUACAGGUGCAGACUCGGCUGCUAGGGAGAGACCAGUGCCUGGUCCGCAUCACGUGAACGAAAACUGCAUCCGAUUCCCACUUGUUUUGGAAUUUAGAAUUCUGUUCUAAUUCUUGCUAGAAGGACUGAGCCUUUCUGAACCUGAGUGAAGACGAUCCACCCAGGUAUUAUCCAGAGAAGCUCCUUUUCAACAACGUUACAAUCGUCUGUUUGUUAUUACACACCCAUCAAUUGGGGACAUGCAAUUACAGUAGGACGCAGCUGGAGAGCUACAGCUCCAUUACCCAUAUGGGGAGGACGAAAACCUGCACACUCCCAGGUGUGUGUCACAGCACCAAUCGCAGGCGGCACUUUUCACCUAUAAAGCCACCAUGAACUGGGCUGCCUGCACUGUGGUGGUGAAAUGGUGCGACUCCUCCCAGUGCACAGCUGGUCACGGCUAGCUGGUGUAAUUACACAGGUUCAAAACAGUGACAGUCGGUUCACAGGGCCCAGGCUGGGCACAAGGAGAGUGCCUUUACUGGUGAGACUAGACAAGCUACAGUAUAUCAAGGUUACAGGUGUGGACUCAGCUGCUAGAGAGAGACAAAAGAGACAGAACCCGUUAAAAACUGUACUUCACACAUAUCCUAGCUACUCAGUACUGGCUUCCAGUUAAAGUAUAUACAGAAACCAAAAAACUGUUACCAGAGGUGAUCUCUUGGUCAGUCUACAUGCGGUCAGGACUAACGUAAUGUAUCUGUGUCCUUUGCUGUAUGUUAGGGCUCUGCUGAGCUGGAACUUUCUACCUUGCUAUAUAUGAAUCUCAAGAGCUUCUCAGACCAGUUCUAUGCUUAUUUAAGGCUCACACUUACCAAUUAGCUUUUGAUUUUUGACUGAUUCAUUAGUUAUGUAACUGUGGGGCUUAAUGGCCUGUAGCCGAAACCAUUGUCCUUCAGUUGUACCUUAAGUGCUCCACCAGUCCAGACACGUUGCGUACAGAGGUCUCGUUAUUCUCGGCCCACCUGAAUUUCCUUGUUUCCUUUUCUCAAGGUUGGAGGAAGGUGACGAUUGAAAGGCUUUGCAGGCACACGGGCCUCAAGGCCCAGCCACACUCCUGUUUGGGUCGACAGGAAGCAAGCAUGUCCAUAAUCACUGUCUCCAGUGGUGUGACUAUUUCUACACACCUAAAAAGAGAAGCCCCCCGAAAGAAGCACACAACACGAGUUGCUGCCUGACUCGAUCGUGGCUAAGAUAACCAGUGAAACGUAUUCUGACUAACACACCUUGGCGUUGAGCACCAGGUGCCUGCCAACACCAACCAAAAGUAAUGCUUAAAAGUUUCCCUCACCCAUGACUUAAAACACUCCCUUCUUUUUAUGUUCUCUGUGAAGUGCUUUCCCUGCGCUGGCAGAGUGAUUGUUCUUUCCCCUCGGGACAGUGAAUUAGGCCUGUGGCAUUCCCUGCCCUUUCUGCACUCACUUCCCCAGCCACAUUGCCAGAAAACACCUCACUCUCUUAACUGACGGAAGGCUAGCGCUUACUGUGCCCUCCCUUAAAAGAGCAAGACCACACAGGUCACGCCGGUCUUACCAUAGUGCACUGACAGCACUGUGAACCAGGGGUAAACUUGGUUUUAAUCAUCCUCUAAACACCUGAUGUGCAGUGAGGCCAUUCCUACCAGUUAUUUUAAAUCCUCUGUGUUAAUAUGCACGUACAGUAGCUCGAGGCAUGUACUAUGGAGUAAUUUUGCUCAGAUUCUGAGAUUACACAGAUUACGCCCGUAUUCCUCAGGAAUGUAUUCCUGCAGACAAGCACCCUCACCCUUAGAGAGAGCUCCACGGUGCUGUGGAGGAGUGUUCACAUUGCUGCAGGAGAGGACCCUAACCAACGAAGGUGCUCAAGAAAGGCUUUUGACACAGGAAGCCACUGACCCCCUGUCCAAAAACUCUGGGAGUCAAAUUCAGUUGCCAGGCACUAAAGGACCACCAUGGACGAGGCGGAGAAGUACCAGCAGAGGCUGCAGGCCAUCGCGGAGAAGAGGCGCAUCCAGGAAGAGCAGGAGCGAGCGCGGCGGGAGAUGGAGGAGGAGAAACUGCGGCUGCAGCAGAUGAAGCGGAAAUCCUUGCGGGACCAGUGGCUGAUGGAAGGCCCCCCGUUGAGCCCCGAGGUCCCCAGCCCCCGCUCCCCGCUCUGGGGCCUGCAGGCGCAGCAGAUCGAGGAGCGCAUAGACAAGUUGCAGACAGAGAGCAAGAGACUGGCAGAGGAGGCAGCGAAUCUGGACAGAGCCGAGGGCACACCGCCGCAGAAUGACGCAGGGGAGGCCGAGAGGACCAGCACAGAGAAGCUCAAAGAGGGCAGCAGCACGACCCCCCAUGGCAGCGUGAGCCCGGAACCCCCAAGGCCGGCCCCCCGUGUCCGGAAGCCGAAUCCUGACAAGGAAGCCCCCGUGGAGAACGGUCAGGCAACGCGGACAGUUGUGAGCACCGUUCAGGUCACGUUGGAGAAAGACCUAAGGACGGGGGUCUCGACGGUGCAGUCGGUGGUCCCGAUGGCCACUGGGGACGUUCAGGUCAGAGGGCAGAUGCUGUUUGAUGACGGCAGGAAGACUGUUCACGCGGUGGGGGAGGCAAUCAGUGCACAGCCUGACCCCGAGGAGGUGGGCCUGGUCUUAAGCGCAGUAGCGGGGAAAGCAGGGAUGCCAGAAGGACUGGAGGCUUCCCGAACAGAAUCAACUGUGAUCCACAACGGAGGGAAGGACAUGCAAGGAAAGCAAAAGCCCGAGGUUCCGUUUCUGGAAGAAGGUUCGAAAGAGGGGUCCCAGUCACUCCACUCUUCGCAGAAUCCCCAAAAGGUAGACGUGGAGGGGGAGCCCAAGACAAAUGGUUCUGUUAGCGCAACAGAAGUAUCAGGAGAUGAAAAUCCUGAGCCAAGCCCGGCAACCAGAGCCCAGGAAAAUGCACCAGCCGAAAGGCCAGGAGGACAAGUUCCUCAAGGAACAGCAGAGAUCACGGACCAUACUGGGCAAGGAGCUAUCACCCUGACGUUCCUGGGCUUCACGGAGGCGAGCCCAGAGGAGGACUUUGAAGAGGCUGCAGGUACGGUCAUACGAGCAGAACGUGUGAUCAUCACUGAUGAAGGGGAUGAACUUUCCAUGGAUUCUGAAGAAGAACGCUUGAAAGUCUCCAAGUCUGAUGAACUUCCCAAGGAUGCUAAACAAGAAUCCCUGGAGGGUUCUAGUUCCUUGGUAGAACUUUGCAAAGAUAAGCUACUGGAGGAUACCAAAGAUGAUCUAGAACCUCCCACCAGUUCUAAGGAGCAACCCCAGGAAAGACCUCCCACUGAGGAAAAGGUUCAGACAGAUUCCAAAGUAGAGAAAAUGCAGGUACCAAGUUCAGAGGUUGACCUUCCUGUGGAAUCUAAGGAGCUUCCUGUGGAGAUCCAGACCGCUGCGUCACAACACCCGCCCAUCACAACACCAUCUUCUGAAGCAGAACCCCCACACCCGCCCAAGUCGGACAUGGAGCCGGAAAAAGAGGGUCUUGACGAGGGAAAGACAACAGAUGAAAAGCCGGCAUUGGAAAAUCACAUCGACGCAGCAGCACAAGCAGCAGAGCCGGCAGAAGCCCAGCAAGCCGAGCAGUUUCAGGACAUCCCCUUGGGCGGGGAAGGGGAAACGGCUCUGUUACCUGAAGCAGUCAAAGUGGAGUUCCCAGAGUCCUCGACUGCUGAGAAACCCCAACUCCAGCCCUUGAUAAAGAAAGGAGGAGACGCUCCCGCUGGAACCACUGCCAAAAGACAGGCACCUGCCACACCUGCCGAGAUCGAGCCCUUGGUGGCGGCCUCCACCGCUGCCCACAAUUCGGCCACUCCCUCCGCCGCCGUGGCCAGGGCCGAAGACGGCAAAGCCGAGGGGCCAGAGGCUCCCCAGCCCAAACACAAGUCCUGCCAGUGCUGCACAGUCAUGUGAGCGCCGUCCCCCUGGGAGCUGACACACCUGAGUAACAGACACAUUUCACAAGGGUGCGAGGUGACGGUCUCUGCCAUUAGAGCCUGACAGGUCUACCCUGGAGGCCUUCACCAGUUCUAGAGGAGGACUUUCCCAUGAGGCUCUCUGGUCCUUGAAAAUGGACUUUAAAUACGUUUUUCCUCUUUCAUGUGCUCAUGGAUCGCAACUAUUGCCAGCUGAGUCCUAGGAGGCAACCUUUUAUCUGCAAUUGCUUCCAUAGAGCCUUGUUUUUAUGCAAUACGUGAACUUCGGACCAACCUUUAAAUGUCCUACAUAGUGUUUUUAGACCUCUUUACAACUCAAAACUUUCUGCAGCAAUGCUACUAUCACUACUUUUUCUCCUCCUGCUGGCCAGAUGUUAGUAUUGUAGCUAGUGACUUUUGGAGCUUCAAAAACUGCAGGUUGCUCUCUCAAGCUUUAUGGGUUUUUAACAAGAAUAUACAAGUAAAUAGAAUGAACUCUUAGUUCAUUACAAACUUUGCACAAAGCAUAAUUAUUUACAUAAUGCAAAAUUUAUAGCGCUCAAAACUGUCACAAUCAGACUGAAUCAAUAUUGUGUAAGGUUCAAGUAACAGAUCUUUUGGAGAUUACUUGGGAACUCUUUUUUCCUUACAAACACAAGCAGGGAAAGUACGAACAAGUCAUCAGUAAGGAGAGAGAUGCUCAAAGUUUUCUCCGAGCUGGAACUCCAAUGAGAGGAAUACUCUAAAGACACUGCCUCUGUCAGUUUCUCAUUACCUACACUGCUCAAACACAGUAUUUGGAAUUUACAGCUUUAUUUAGAUUUUUAAACUGGAAGAAAAUGAGCAGUUGGUAUUUCUGUGAUAAAUUCUGUAUGUGAAUGUAUAUACUGGGAGAGGGCUGGGGUGACUAUAGAAUGUACCUUUUUUCGAAAGGGGAGUUAGAAAUGAGCAACAGACUUUGAUUUUAUCAUUAAAAUGAACUAUCUGAA